CCUGAAAACAGGGGCUUCCAACUUCCUCACUUCGAUUUCUCCUCCCACAUAAAAACAUUUCCAUUUCCCAAUUGAGGAGAUGGCUCACCCUCACCCCGCAACUCCUUCAUAGAUAAAUCACAAACGCGUUGUCAUUGAGACUCAAUUCUAAAUUUGGAAACAGGAAUUCAAAUCGGAGAGAUUUCAUGGUGGGCUUAUGGAACAGAAGGUGUUAACUGGCAAAGAGGAUCUUUUGUUCUUCUUCUUCUUCCUGUUCAGCUCCUACAGUUUCAAUUCCUGAUCUCUUUCAAAUUCCCAACGCGUGUCAGGAUAGUGUUCUCAUUCCUUCUCCACCAAGCAAAGCUCCAAGAUGGUGUUUGUACUUUCUCUAGCCCUUUCGUCUCUGUAGUAGACGAACUAUGUUGACAAACAAACAGAGACACACAGAGGGAGAGAGUUGAUCUACAAACACAUGGUCUCAUGAACCCAGGAAACGUGUUCGCCAAAUCAUCAAAUUCUCCGCCUGAGCUUUCAUUAGUUAUAUAAAUAAAUCACAUUACCAUCUCUCUUUCGUGGUUUCAACCUCUCUCUCUCUCUCUCUCUACCCAUCUAUCUAUUCCAUGGCUCCAGGUCUGGAAAUUCCACAGAAUGGGCAUUUAGAAGGGAAGGACAUUCCUUCCAGCCCCACCGAUGAAGAAGUGACGAAAUCCAAAGUAACAGUUAUCGGCAGCGGCAAUUGGGGUAGUGUCGCAGCAAAACUCAUCGCCUCCAAUACCAUCAAGAUGAGCUCCUUCCAUGAUGAAGUGAGGAUGUGGGUAUUUGAGGAGACACUACCUACAGGCGAGAAGCUCUCAGAAGUCAUGAACCGAACAAACGAGAAUGUGAAGUAUCUCCCUGGCAUAAAGCUUGGGAAGAAUGUAGUAGCAGAUCCCGAUCUCGACAAUGCAGUUAAGGAUGCAAACAUGUUGGUUUUUGUAACUCCACAUCAAUUCAUGGAAGGUAUAUGCAAUGAACUUGUUGGGAAGAUAAGAGGGGAUGUUGAGGCUAUAUCCCUCAUCAAAGGAAUGGAGGUAACGACGGAAGGCCCACACAUGAUCAGCACCUUCAUCUCUCAACACCUUGGGAUCAAUUGUUGUGUUCUCAUGGGUGCAAACAUAGCUGAUGAGAUUGCUGCCGAGAAGUUGAGCGAAGCAACAAUAGGAUACAGGGAGAAUAAAGAGGUGGCAAACAGAUGGGCUCAACUGUUUGCUACUCCAUACUUCCUGGUCACGACUGUCCAAGACAUAGAAGGAGUAGAACUAUGUGGAACACUCAAGAAUGUAGUCGCCAUUGCUGCAGGUUUUGUUGAUGGCUUGGAGAUGGGGAACAAUACAAAGGCUGCAAUAAUGAGAAUUGGUCUGAAAGAGAUGAGGAGCUUCUCAAAGCUGUUGUUUUCAUCCGUCAGAGAUAGCACCUUCUUUGAGAGCUGUGGGAUAGCUGAUGUGAUCGCAACAUGCUUAGGAGGAAGAAACAGGAAAGUUGCAGAGGCUUUUGCAAGGAAUAGUGGGCAAAGGUCUUUCGAUGAGCUUGAAGCAGAAUUGUUACAAGGACAGAAGCUACAGGGGGUCUUAACAGCAGGAGAAGUUAAUGCGGUUUUACGCCAUCGUAAAUGUCUAGAGUUAUUCCCGCUUUUCAGAACAGUACACGAGAUCUGUAUCGGCCACCUUCCUCCCUCGGCGAUUGUUCAAUGUUGUGAAAAUAAUACAGCAAUGCUCUAGCUGGUGAAAGACUCAUGGAAAGAAGCAUUGCCCAUGGUUCACAUGCCUCUUCUACAUAAUCCAAAGGUGAAAUUUUCACAAGACUAUGUUACAGCAUUCAGUCGGAGUUCCGAAGAGAUUUCAAUCCACUGAAACGAAAAAAAAAUUCAUGCCCAUUCACUCGCCAUUUUAGGGGCAGUAUACAGUAGCAAAGAGCAGUUAUUUUAUAGCACAUUAAUUGUAAUCCUCAUGGCCUACUAUAAGUCUGCCAGUUUCCAAGUAUGAGAAAUCUAUGACUCUCAGCUUUCCCCCAA